AUGGCAGAUGAAUGCACUGAUGUAUCUAACAAGGAGCAGUUUGUCAUUGUGAUCAGAUGGGUAUCAGAGGAUCUGCAGGAGCGUGAAAGUUUUAUUGGUCUCUAUGAAGCGGAUAGUACUGAUGCCAACCGCCUUGUUCAUAGCAUCAAGGAUGUUCUUUUGCGACUGAACGUGAACAUAUCUCAUUGCUGUGGCCAGUGUUACCACAGAGCUUUGAACAUAAGAGGAAGCAGAAACCGUGUAGCUACUCAAAUCCUUUCUUGCGGACACCCUCAAGCAAUCUGUGUUUGUCGUGAAGCCCUCGAGAUAGCAUAUGAAAUUACAAUACUGAUAAAGUAUUCUCCUAAGCGAAAUGCAGCAUUCAACAGGAUCAAGGCAGAAAUCUCUGAUAAGGAUGCUAGAGGUAGCAUUGGUAUUAGGUCAUUUUGUCCUACCCGAUGGACUGUUAGAGGGGAUGCUAUUACCAGCCUUCUUGAGAACUGUAGUGUAUUGAGUCAACUUUGGGAAGAAAGUCUAGAAGCAAGGAUGGAACCAGACUUGAAAGGAAGACUGAUUGGAGUAAAGACUCAACUGGGAUCUCACCGACUUCUCAUUGGGCUAAAGCUGUCCGAGAAAAUUUUGAGGGUAACUGACAAUUUAUGCAGAACACUUCAAAAGACAUCACUCUCAGCCGCUGAGGGCCAAACACUUGCAAAAAUGACUAUUGAAACAUGA